CCCAGCAAAAGCGUAACCAGGAAGUGGUGCUGGCACGUCCAAACGUACGCUGUGGUUUCGUCGACAUGGAAUUAGUAGUGUAUAUUGACGAGAAAUGGUUGCGUUCUUGUUUGUGAACACAUUUAUGAUAAUGACACGUACGAUUUGGCACGUAUUGUUGUUAUGCAUUUUGAUGUAUAUGUACUCGUGUGUAUCAGAGCGUACUGAGAGGGAAAAUAAUAUGUACGUGAACGAGAGAGAUGGAGGUGGGGUAGCUCAACACAAGGGUUCUAGUAACACUGAAAACCAUAUUACACUCAUCAAACAUGAUUUACCAGACCUGCACGAGGAUGGACCACUUGCCAGCAAGACGAAUGACUCGGAGAACCACUCAAAUGAUUCCAUCCACCUCACAACAUCAGCAAUAAGGCCAACUCCCCCAGAACACCCAAAUCCGAAGGCCAUUCUUCCGGUGCAAACGGGGGUCAAGGCCCAAGAAGAAGAGCAGUCCAGUGGUUUGACCAUAUUUUUUAGCCUGCUGGUUAUUGGUAUCUGCAUUAUAUUGGUUCACCUGCUUAUCAAGUUCAAGCUGCAUUUUCUUCCUGAGAGCGUUGCUGUUGUGUCCCUUGGAAUUCUAAUGGGAGGAUGCAUUAAGGUCAUUGAGUUCCAGGAAUUGGCCAAUUGGAAGGAGGAGGAAAUGUUCCGACCCAAUAUGUUCUUUCUUCUGCUCCUGCCACCGAUCAUCUUUGAAUCUGGAUACUCAUUACAUAAGGGUAACUUCUUCCAAAACAUCGGCUCCAUCACCCUGUUUGCUGUGAUUGGCACAGCUAUCUCUGCCUUCAUAGUUGGAGGAGGCAUCUACUUCCUUGGACAGGCAGAUGUGAUCUACAAGAUGACCAUGACGGAUAGUUUUGCCUUUGGCUCACUCAUCUCAGCUGUGGACCCGGUUGCUACCAUAGCCAUCUUUAAUGCCCUCAAUGUGGAUCCUGUCCUAAACAUGUUGGUGUUUGGUGAGAGCAUCCUUAACGACGCAGUCUCUAUCGUCCUCACAAACACAGCAGAGGGAUUCUUUUCCCGCUCAGACAGCAACAUGGUAACUGGAUGGGAAACAUUUCUACAAGCCGUGGGUUAUUUCCUUAAAAUGUUCUUUGGUUCUGCUGCCUUGGGAACCCUGACAGGACUCAUCUCUGCUCUUUUUCUAAAACACUUUGACUUGAGGAAGACACCCUCACUGGAGUUUGGCAUGAUGAUAAUAUUUGCCUACCUCCCCUAUGGCCUGGCAGAGGGUAUUAAACUGUCUGGAAUUAUGUCCAUCCUGUUUGCUGGCAUUGUGAUGUCUCACUACACCCAUCACAACUUGUCUCCAGUCACCCAGAUUCUCAUGCAGCAGACACUGCGUACAGUUGCUUUCAUGUGUGAGACGUGUGUAUUUGCCUUCCUCGGUCUGUCCAUCUUCAGCUUCCCUCACAAUUUUGAAAUAUCAUUUGUUGUUUGGUGCAUUGUCCUGGUUCUUCUGGGUCGUGCUGUAAACAUUUUUCCUCUGUCAUUCCUACUUAACUUUUGCAGAGACCACAAGAUCACACCCAAGAUGAUGUUCAUCAUGUGGUUCAGUGGUUUGAGAGGCGCUAUCCCAUAUGCCUUGAGUCUGCAUCUUGGCCUGGAGCCCAUCGAGAAGCGACAGCUCAUUGGCACCACCACCAUCAUCAUUGUGCUCUUUACCAUCCUCCUCCUUGGGGGCGGAACCAUGCCCCUCAUCCGCAUCAUGGAUAUUGAGGAUAGCCAGUCACGGAGGAAGAACAAGAAAGAUAUUAAUCUCAGCAAGACACAGAAAAUGGGGAAUACGAUUGAGUCGGAGCAUCUAUCAGAACUGACGGAGGAGGAAUAUGAAGCUCAGAUAUACCAGAGACAGGAUCUCAAGGGCUUCAUGUGGCUUGAUGCUAAGUACCUUAACCCUUUCUUUACCCGGAGGCUAACGCAAGAGGUAAGAGAAGGCAAGACAGAAAUAUUCUGUCACUCAGGCGGCUGCUUCAUCAUUUUGCUGGCAAUCCUUGAAGGAUUUUUUUCUAUACUCAACACUACUUUUGAUUCCCAAAAAGCAGGACACUCGGUCCAGAAACGAGAUACUGAAUGAUAACUCAAAGAUGACACUUUAUUCAUAGGCUCCUCCUCCAGCCACGAACCAGUCUUCUAGCCUUCGUCACACUCCCUGGUUGUGUCACGUGUACACAUGUUCACCCUGACGCCAUGACAGAACGACAUCUGUCUUCAAUCGCAACAGGAACAAAGUAGUAACAUCACUAAAGUGAAGGCGAACAAAUUAAAAUUGACAUUGUUUUUUAAAUGAGGUUUUCCAGGAGAGAGAAGAAAUGUUAUCCUACAGAUUUAUCUCCAGCCCACAGCUAAACCUGAUAUAUUAAAUGGUAGUACACUCAAACUCCAACGAUUUACAAACAAAUGAUUAAUUAUUGAUGAACCAAUACUUAUGCUUGAUUGGAUUCAGACAAAGCCAAAGAUUCUAUGCUUUCAAGCCCUUUUGGGAGCGAGUUGGCUCGUCAUGACAGCCUCCACGCAGCAUACUUGAGCCGAUGCUUUGCUAAAUCGUGUUCCAGGUGGCAGAAGGGGACGUGAUGGCUUGUUAAUACACAGCUCAUGGUAAGGGGGGGUAGUGGGAAUGUAAAAAAUAAAUAAACGUGGCAUUGGUGUCAUACGCGUAACAAUACACCGGAAACUAUUGGGGAAAAAAUGCACUGCUAAUAGUCAAUUAUCUGGACUACGAUAGUCAAUUAUCUGGACUACGGCCUUGCUCACAGCCCUGCUCACCGCCAGAUUGUACCGUACCUCAAGCUUCCACAGGUACUAGCCCACUGGUUUUUGCAAUGGAGUUUUUUGUUGCUAUUUGCUUAGUAUGGCCUGCUGAUCGUUUGUCAGCUGUGUUUUUUGUUCCUGUGCCUCAUUUUUUUCGUCAGCUACAGUGUUUUUACAGUUUUCUACAGUUUUUUUUUUAUUUUACCCUCGGACUGUAUAAUCUUAGUUGUGUUUUUGGUUUACCUUCUGCCCGUUCUUUUGGACUUUUCCGUGUGCGGACACUUUUUGUUCAUAAAACAUUUUUGUUUCACAACAUGCCUCUGCAUCUUGGGUUCCAGGCCGGUUCUUGACACUGAGAAUAUAAUGACCUGGAUGAAAGACAAUAUUUCCAGACAUGAUAGAUGGAUACUUUCUAUCUAUCUGUGUAAUAAUGUUGGUGCACUGUCCAGAAGUGGCUUGCAAGAUACCACGAUGAUGAUGGCUGGGUUUGCUUGAGAGAUGAGGAAGAGUAUUACAAGUGGAUCAGACAUUUUGAUGAGCAGGUAUCAUGGCGAAAGGGAUCUGACCAAUUUAUAUGCACAUUAGAUGAGUAAUCUCAUCCUAUAAUGAUUUUUAUCAUUUAUAGCAUGCCUUCACUUCUAACCAUUUUCAAGCUACAACCAUUUGAAAUAGCAAUGUCAAAAUGAAAAAACUCUGGCGCUAAAGGGUUAAGAUGCGCAGAAGGGAUAAUAAUCUAUGGACAGUGUAAUUCAAGUAAGUGGUUGUGUUGCUAAAAAACUUGGUUGCUUUGGGGGAGGGGGGGGGGGAUCAUCAGAGUGAUGGCCUGGGAAAGAAACUGCAGGGAUGUUCUUCUCACAGGUUAUGCAACACAAUGCAUUAUACCUGAAAUAAUACCUCUUUGGCAAAUUCUGAUGGUGUAUUGUAAAUAUUGGGAAUGAAGUAAUCUAUAUUACAAAAAUGGACCUGUAAGAAAAGAAUAGCUCACUUUUCAAGUCUUACUGGAAAAAUAACUACAACAUGAAAUAAUACCAGCUAUAGUAGCAAUUGAUCAUUCAAAAAAAAUAGCUCUCAUAAACAUUUCAAUGUAAUGAUGUAAACAAUGAAGAUACUGGAUUAUUUCAACAAAAAAUAAAUGAUAGAUUUAGUUGCAAAACAAUGAAGACAGUUUGGUUACCUUAGUGCAGCGAUUUUCACCUCGUGAGAAAUCGUUGGCUCUGUCGUGAGGAAUUAUACAAUAUCACUUUUUUAAAAAUGAGCAUUUAUUAAUCAUGUUCUGCAAACAUUAUGUCAUUGUCAAGUGUCCGUGAUUUGUAUCCCACAAGGAAAUAGACAGUCCAGAACAAUGGAGAUUGUGAAAAGGAGGUGAAGAAGCGUGUGCAGGCAGGAUGGAACGGGUGGAGAAAAGUGUCAGGCGUGAUGUGUGAUAGAAGAGUUUCAGCUAAAAUGAAAGGAAAGGUAUACAAAACUGUGGUGAGACCAUCCAUGUUGUUUGGUCUAGAGACAGGAAGCAGAACUGGAGGUAGCAGAGAUGAGGAUGCUGAGGUUCUCAUUGGGAGUGACCAGGAUGGAUAGGAUCAGGAAGGAGUACAUCAGAGGGACAUUACAUGUCAGAGGCCUUGGAGAUAAAGUCAGUUAUCGGCCAGACUGAGAUGGUUGGGACAUGUCCAGAGGAGAGAUGGUGAAUAUAUUGGUAGAAGAAUGCUGCCAGGUAGGAGGCGUAGAGGAAGACCAAAGAGGAGGUUUAUGGAUGUAGUGAAGGAGGACAUGAGAGAGACAGAUGCAGAAAGACUUUGCUGUGGUGACCCCUGAAGAGAAAAGCCCAAAGAGAAAGAAGGAAAUAGUACAUUUUGGUUGUCUCCUGCAUCCUCAGAGACUUUGUGGGUUAAUAUUUAUUUGUAUUUGUAACUCAUAGAAUGUUUACAUAUUCAUUGCCUCACUGUUUCUCACUGUGUCUUCUGUGAGCUCUUUUUGCAAAACAAGUUGAACACUUGAUAAAAAGAAAGUGCAGUUUCAUUGCGCUGUUCCUCACUUCAGAAUGCAAUGCAAACAUUCCAAAUUGUCCAGACGAAUGAAAGAAUGAAUCUUUUCUAGUUUCCUAAUUCAUUGAAAAACCUGUGGUGGCUUCUUUGUUGAGCUUUGUGGAGCAUGUCAGCUAAUGUGUCAUCACUGCAUCCUGCAGGACCUGAUGCACGGACGGAUCCAGAUGAAGACUCUAACCAACAAGUGGUAUGAAGAAGUCCGGCAGGGCCCAUCGGGUUCGGAGGAUGAUGGCGAUGAAGCGGAACUUCUGUGAACUGAACAUCAUGUAAAAAAGUGUGAAUGUUUUGUGUCCCUGCCUGUGAAUGUGUGCAGCAUGUCAGAAGAAAUGAGUCACAUGCGCUUUUUUUCCUCCUGCUGCCAUAUUUAUAUGUAGAGUGUGGGAUGUGUCGCAUCAUCGGGAAUUUUAGCUAAAUUGCACUACCAAAUAUUUCUAUGAAAAUGAAUGUUAUUUACUUGAAUGCCAUAUUGUCAGCAGCUAUUUUAGCUUAUGAUCCAGGGCACUGAUGGACAGAACAUAUUAAGUUCUGUAGCCAUUUGCUACACGUUAAGGGACAAAUGUUUUAUUGUAAAGAAAUACAAGAGCACCUUUUGCCUUUUGUACUGACUUUGUGGGCAAAAGGAAGAAUACAUUUUUGUACGGAUUGCAAAAAUGAAAAAUGAAGCAGAAAGCCCAAAAUUGAACUUACUCCCCAAAUUUUUGGCCAUGGCUAGCAUGCUUAUUUUACUAUGUACUGUUUUUUUUCCAUGUAGCUUUACUUUCUCUGUAUUCAUGCUUUGCAUGCACCGUUGAUGAUUCUGACCUGAUCAGUGCAUAUGCAAUGCAACAAGGAUAAAAUGUCAUUCAUUUUUGAGACUAGCUCCCAGAUAGACUUUCAUGUUUAUUUGUAUCAGUGGGCGAGGUUUCUAUACUGCUACGCUGCAGUAGCGGUAGUUGCACUUUGUGCAUCAACUGGAGUCAUUGCUGCUGGAUAAUUUACUGUGGAUUUCGGAUAUAGAAAGGCAUCAAUGAAUCUGUUUUGUGUGUGGGUUGAUUCCUGUAUUUUAUAUUCUACUUAUUAUUUUUAAAAAUCUCAUGUUUGUGGCUUAAAUGCUAUUCCUGCUUUUUGUACGAUUGCCCUCAAUGUUGAAAUUAAAGGUAUCUUAUGAAUCUUA